GUGCCCGCCUCGGCCCUUUACGCCUCACUCCAGCCCUGCGCUGUUUGGGAACAGAAGGAAGAUGGCGGCGGCCCCGCUGUACUGUGUGUGCCGGCAGCCCUACGACGUGAGCCGGUUCAUGAUCGAAUGCGACAUCUGUAAGGACUGGUUCCACGGAAGCUGUGUCCAAGUAGAGGAGCACCAUGCUGUGGACAUUGAUGUCUACCACUGCCCCAACUGUGACGUUCUGCACGGACCCUCCCUGAUGAAGAAACGUAACAACUGGCACCGGCAUGACUACACAGAGCCCGACGAUGGCACCAAGCCUGUACAGGCCGGCACUUCCGUGUUUGUGCAGCAGCUGCAGGCACGCACCUUCCCCAGUGCGGAUGAGAUCCUGGUCCGGAUGCAUGGGAGCCAAGUGACACAGAGGUACCUGGAGAAGCAGGGAUUUGAGUACCCCAUCGCAGUAGCCAAACUGGAGGGACUGGGGUUGCAGCUGCCCCCACCUACGUUCUCUGUCAAGGACGUGGAGCAGUAUGUUGGUGGCGAUAAGAUCAUUGAUGUCAUCGAUGUGGCCCGGCAAGCAGACAGUAAGAUUAGACUCGGUGAAUUUGUGAAGUAUUUCUGCAAACCCCACCGGCCAAAGGUUCUGAAUGUCAUCAGCCUUGAGUUCUCUGACACAAAGAUGGCAGAACUUGUGAAGGUGCCAGACAUAGCUCAGAAGAUGUCCUGGGUGGAGAACUACUGGCCUGAUGACUCCUAUUUCCCUAAGCCCUUCGUGCAGAAGUACUGCCUGAUGGGGGUGAAGGAGAGCUACACAGACUUCCACAUAGACUUUGGGGGCACAUCUGUGUGGUACCAUGUACUCUGGGGUGAGAAGAUUUUUUACUUGAUCAAGCCGACACAGGAGAACCUCGCACUGUAUGAGGAGUGGAGCUCGUCCCCUAACCAGAGUGAGGUGUUCUUCGGUAAAAAGGUGGACAAGUGCUACAAGUGUGUGGUUCGGCAGGGGAUGACGCUCCUCAUUCCCACAGGGUGGAUCCACGCGGUCCUCACAUCUCAGGAUUGCAUGGCGUUCGGGGGCAACUUCCUUCACAACCUGAACAUAGGCAUGCAGCUCAGGUGUUACGAGAUGGAACGACGACUAAAGACUCCAGACCUCUUCAAAUUCCCCUACUUUGAGGCCAUCUGCUGGUAUGUGGCCAAGAAUCUGCUGGAGACCCUCAAAGAAUUACGGGAGGACAACUGUCAGCCACCUACUUACCUUGUUGAGGGAGUGAAAGCUUUAAUUUCUGCACUGAGAAGCUGGCUAAAGAGAGAGAUACAUGAACCGACCAGUGAGGUUCCAGACCACAUCAGGCCCAACCAUCUCAUUAAAGAACUGACAAAGGAGAUCCGGUAUCAGGAGGAGGAUCAGAGUGGCAGCAAGCCAAUGAAAUCUCAGGGAGGCGGGACGUGCCCCGUGACACGGUCCACGCUUGAGAGGGGUUGCCAGGCACGGCGCACGGCCAGGCGGCUGCGGGACAACCAUGCUCCCAAGACCCCAUCCAACCUGGACAUCCUGGAGCUGCACACGAGGGAGGUGCUCAGGAGGCUGGAGGUGGCACCUUUUGAGGAGCAGGACACUCCUUUCAGCUGCCGGGUCAACGUGAAGUUCAACAAGGCGUCCACGGUAUCCUCAGCUGCAGCCGAAAGGACUUUGGACAACAACCUGCGGCUUGUGCUGUGCAAUGGGAGGAUCAUCAGAGAGGAGAAGUGGCGCAUAAAAGAAGGCAACGCAACGUCGUCCGGCGAGGGAGCUCACGCUCAGCAGAAAGGGGCGCCCCAUGUCAAGGUGGAAAACGGCAGGCUGGGUCGGCCGGAGCAGAACAGCACGGAGGAGCGAGAGGAGAAAGCAGCCUGUCUCAAUGGGUUUUUCAGAAGCGUGAAAUCGGAACUCAGGAACAGUAUGUCAGAAGAGUCCAGCUCUUCAGAUUCAGAGUCAGCGAUCAGUUGCGCCGCACAACACAAAGGCUCUUCCUCAGAAGAUUCUGGGAGCUCCAGUGAGGAGGAAGAGGAGAUGAGGAGGAAGGCUUCCCCUCCUUUAGAAAGGCAGAGGAAAUCAGGAGACAUGGUGGGGUUGCACCAGCCCAGGUCGAACCCCAUCCAACGGGACAGACCACUAAAAAGAGAACGACCUACCUCACCAAGCACAGAAGCAGCAGUCCAAGGAAUGUUGUCCAUGGCAGGCCUCAUGCACCCCCCGUGCUCCACGGACACAACGAAUUCCCAGGAGCCUUGGUGGUCGAGCCCAGCCCACUGCUCUCCUGUCCAUGCAUGCGGGGAGUCCUUGUCAGGAGAAGAGAGCCAGGGUGACUCCGACAGCAACUCCAGCCUCAGCCAUCAGAAGGAACGGCAGGCCCAGAAGCACCGGCAGAAGGAAAACAAGAGCUUCAUGGACAGCCAGAGCAGCGGUGGCAGUCAAAGCAGCAGCAGCGAAACGUGGGCUGAUCCCGUCAGCCCCCUGCGUUCGGAUAUGGACUACCAGUACAGAGAGACCUCGCUGUCGCCCCCCUUGCACCCUUCCAAGAGGCCUGCAUCCAACCCACCGCCCAUCAGCAAUCAGGCCACCAAAGGGAAACGUCCCAAGAAAGGCAUGGCGACCGCCAAGCAGCGACUGGGGAAGAUCCUCAAGCUCAACAGACACAAUCGCUUCUUUGUGUAGCGUGGAGGAACUCUGGAGGCUCCUGGCCGGGGGUUGUAUGCCUUGCCGUGCUGAAUACAGCGGCAGUGUUACGUCUACCUGGAUGGAUGCGUCUGAAGGGCUGACUUUUUUUUUUUUUUUUUUUAAGUACUGCACACCGGUCUGCAAGCUGUGGUGACAGGGUAUCAGGUUUACACUGCAAGUGCGCACACACACACACACACUCACACACACAUACACACACUCACACGUGGAAGUAGCGUAAAGAUCACGGUGAGGAAAGCAUGCCAAACCUCAGUUGUGGACUCUGCGGGGAGGAUCUCAUGGCACUGGAUUUGGGUCACAAUUACCAACAGAAGCUGGAGCCUCAGCGAUGCGACUUGUAUCCCGGACGGAACCAGUGGGGGAGCCUUGUGCGUAUGAACGAGGCGGCUGUCUCCUAUCUGUAAUCAGCACCGCAAGAGGAAGACCACGUUGAUACAGGAUCGCAAUCUGCCGGUCGUCGUUUUGAUGCCGCAUUUACAUCUCGUUCCCGGGCUCGUUCGGCUGAGGUUUUCCACCUGCUUUUUGAUAGCUUACGAAUGUCCAGAGCUCACCCUCCCAUGAACUGCUUUGCGCCACCUAGCAAAAGCAUUGCUCUUUAGCCAAGUAUACUGUGCUCCGCUGGCAGGCCGGGGGCUGCCGCCUUCGGAGACUUUGUACUGUUCUUGGACGUCUUUGGAUCAAGACUAAGAAGGUGCUAAGGUGUUGAACUGAUAUUUUAAGAUGGUGCUCAGAACUGCGUGUCCUUCAUCACGUCUCUCGUCCCGUCACGCUCACCAGCAAUAAUGCGGCAUCGAGAGGAAACCGUUGACGGGGCAAGUGCUCACGCCCAGGUCCAGUCUUCCCCGUUUACUCAAGCUGGACCACCGGGCUCAGGAUCGCUCGUCCGAAGUCAGCCGAGCCCCGUCCGUUGGUGUCGCCGCUUAUUAUCUCCCGCAUCUCGCCCUCAAUCUGCAUCGGGCCCCUUUUGUGUUUCGUCUCUUUGUCUGUCUGUGUGUGAUGACCUCGACGUCGACAAGGAGGGAAUCAUCAUGCGCGCGAAGCGACACCUCGAUCCUUUGUUUUAACGAUGAGAGAAAGCCAUACGCACCGGGAAGCCAUACUGGAGAGACAGCACUUCAAGUAAGGCAAGUUCUCUGUUUGUUCUCAGCGCAUCAGUCUUUGUGAAGGGGUCACAAAGGAUUGCUGGAGGGGCUCACAGGCCUCCGAAAGCGUUCCACCUCUGAGACAAGGCAAAAAUGUGACAAAAAGGAAAGAAAAUUGCGAGUUUGGCGCCACCUAGUGGAGGUGGGGAAACUGGAACUUGGGGUUUUGCUAAUAAGGAAGUUUUUAUAAGGGUUUACUUUGUUUAAAGCAUUGUAUGUUGGGGGAGAAAAACUUUCAGCUUUAUUUAUUUCUUGUUUUAUCCUUUUAGAAUCUGUUUCAUUUCUCUGGAUGUCUUUGAAUCAAGUAUUUAUUAUGAAAAGGUUAAUUGUACUUUAUUUCAAUGUGAGAGCUCCACUGUAUUAAUUUUCGCAAGCGAAAGUGAUUUUUCUCAUCAGUGCUCCUGUCAGCCUCCUUGUGUAAAAGGUGUGGUUGAAUCCAGGUUUAUCAGCGUCUGAGCUACAGUCAGACAUGGAUAAUGGUACGGAUCUUUGGCAUGCUUGUUUCUGUUGCUAACUCUACUCGUAACUUGUGUAAUUGAGUUAACAGUGCUGUUGCUUUUCAUAUUAACUGAAUGGCAGUUUGUCUUUGUUUCACUUGUAUCCGAUGAGUACUUUUAAUCCUCUUUACCCUCAAUCCAGAUGUUUUUGCAUUUGCUGGAACAGUCGAGAAAGCAUUUGUGUUUAAAACAAAUUAUUUCCCUUUCAAAACACAGGACACUGGUUUAAAAUCUGUUAAUGUAAGGAAAACUGGCAAUAAGUAAUGACAGAUUAUAGGAAACCAACAUUUUCUUCUGUCAGUUAAGGAAGUCUUAACAUUUUUUGGAGAAAUUUCAGCAAAGGGUGCUCACAGUAUACUGACUCCUCGGCUUGCGAACACGAUUGGCGCCGGAUAUCUGUUCGUAGUUUCCGUUCAUAAAUCCAAAGCCACUUUCACCAUUAAAACACAAUCAAUAAAUAUUUAAGAAUACAAACAUCCCUCAAUUUAUUUGUGGGUUAGGUUUUCAAAGAAUCUCCAUUAAGCUAUAGCAACACUGUAUCAGACUGUAACAUUAAACUUUAAGCAACAUUACAAUAUCUAGAUGUCUAAAUGGAGGAGCCAAUGUAGACCAGUUCAGCUCUGUUGCAAUAUAUCAGCAUCCGUGUUGCUUAACUGCUUAAAGAAAAUGAUCCUUUUUAAGGCAGUGGCAUGCUAGAGCACACUGAUGUAAAGUGAACCCCCC